AUGCUGUUGUUCAGUCUGAACCAGAGCUCCGGGGUGCUCAGCAUCAGGGAGGGGGCUCCUCCGGGGUCGUACCAGCUGCAGGUGCGCGUGUCGGACCACACCUGGCCCGACGUCACCUCCACGGCUCAGGUGGACGUCAGGAUGCUGCCGCAGGACGCCCUGGUGAACGCCGCCUCCGUCCGCCUCAACAAUCUGACGGUGGAGGAGUUUUUCAGCAGCAGAGGAGGGGGGGAGAGUCGAUUCUCUCUCCUGGGUCGGACGCUAGCUGAACUCCUGCAGACGUUGCCGGAGAACGUGGAGAUCUUCUCGGCGGGCGACGCCGGCCAGCGCGGCGUGACGGCGCUCAACGUGUGGUUCGCCGCUCACGGCUCGCCGUACUACAAGGCCGAGAAGCUGCACGGCUGCGUGGCGGCGAACGCAGCCAAGCUGGAGGCCAUGUUGGGAGUGUCGAUCCUCCAGGUGGGCGUAGACGAAUGUCCCCACACAGACUGCAGGGGGUCCGGAGGCUGCAGGACCGAGGUCUCCUUCAGCCAGGCCCCGGUGGCCCUCAGCACCGGGAACACCUCUCUGGUGUCGCUGUCCGCCUCGUCGACGGCGCGAUGCGGCUGCCGAGGCCGGGAGGCGGUUCACCUGCCCUGCUCCGCGUACCCCGUCAACCCCUGCCUCAACGGGGGCACCUGCCAGGACGGGCCCCUGGGAUACGGGUGUAAGUGCCCCCCCAUGUUUGACGGGCCCGAGUGCCAGCAGACCAAACACAGCUUUGGCGGCCAGGGCUAUGCCUGGUUUCCUCCCAUCAUGCCUUGCUUCCAGAGCCACAUGUCCCUGGAGUUCCUGGCUGAGGGGGCGGAAGGGCUGCUCCUCUACAACGGGCCGCUGGGCCCCGCCCACCCUCGGGAGCAGGAGGACUUCAUUGCCGUAGAGCUGAGGAACGGCGUUCCAGCCCUGAGUAUAAACCACGGAUCAGGAACCCUGACUCUGCAGCUCCCGCCCAAGUCCUCCGUCAACGACCGCCGCUGGCACCGCCUCGACAUCGUCAGCGACGGAAAGGCUGUCCAGCUGAUCCUGGACCAGUGUGGGGGGGCGGCAGUGAACGAGCUGGAGGGCGUCAGCGGGGACACCCGGGAGACGGACGAGUCCGGCUGCAGAGCUGCAGGAGAGACGCCAGGAAACCAGAGGUAUCUCAACGUCUUCCAGCCUCUUCAGUUGGGAGGAAUGAAGGAAACGUCUCCGCAUCGGCGUUACCGCAGUUUCACCGGCUGCAUCCGAAACCUGGUGGUUGACAGUCAGGUGUACGACCUGGCGUCUCCAGGUGAGAGCGUGGACAGCACCCCGGGUGCCGGCUGACGACGGCGUGUGUGUGACGGCGGCCGGGGCCCUCCUGCGGCGCCCACGCUCCUGCCUCGCCGACUGGGGCUCCUUCAGCUGCGCGUGCCACCCAGGAUACACGGGACCAAGUGUGACAGCG